AUGGAUAGAUACAAGAGAGUCGAGAAACCAAAACCAGACUCUCCGAUUAACGAAAAUGAGAUCCGCAUCACCAGCCGAGGCCUUAUCCGAAACUACAUCAGUUAUGCCACCAGCCUUCUCCAGGAGAAAGCUGCGAAGGAAAUUGUGUUGAAGGCAAUGGGGCAGGCAAUCAGCAAGACGGUGGCGAUCUCUGAGAUACUAAAAAAUAAAGUUCAAGGUUUGCAUCAAGAUAUUGCAAUCAGUUCUAUGAGCAUUACCGAUGUCUGGGAGCCUGAUGAGGAGGGUCUUGUGCCGGUGGAGCUGACACGCCAUGUUUCCAUGAUUUCAAUCACAUUGUCUUUGAGUGAGCUAAAUAAAGAUUCUCCUGGGUACCAAGCUCCAUCACUGACUGAUCAGUCUAAGCCUCAAUAUCAGCCACAACAAGCAAGACAAGCCCGUCUUCCGUACAAUGCCUAUGGUGAAGAUUCUUAUGGUCGAGGGAGAGGUCGUGGCAGAGGAAGAGGCAGGGGAAGAGGUGGUUAUGGAAACUACCAAGGCAGUAAUCAAGGGAAGUACCAAGGGAACUAUCAAGAAGAUUAUCAAGAAAACGAUGGUGGGUAUUCAAACUCAGGCAGUGGCCGUGGACGUGGCCGGAGUUAUGGCUAUCGUGGCGCUGGAUAUCAGGGUGGCAGAGGCGGGUAUGGUGGUAGGAGAGACGGCGGAUAUGGUGGAAGGAGAGACGACGGAUAUGGUGGAAGGAGAGACGACGGAUAUGGUGGAGGCAGAGACGAUGGAUAUGGUGGAGGCAGAGACGAGGGGUACGGUGGAGGCAGGGACCAAGGUUAUGGUGGAGGGAGAGACGAGGGGUACGGUGGAGGCAGAGAUGAAGGAUACGGUGGAGGCAGAGACGAAGGAUAUGGGGUAAGAAGAGGCGGAUUUCGAGGUGGUCGAGGUGGGGAGAGAGGUGAGAGGUAUGGUGGAGGUAGAGAUGAUGGAUACGGCGGAGGCCGUGGUGGGUAUGGUGGAGGUAGAAAUGAUGGAUACGGCGGAAACCGAGGUGGAUAUGGAGGAGGUCGAGGUGAUGGGGGGUAUGGAGGAGGUCGAGGUGACGGUUAUGGAGGAGGUCGAGGUGAUGGGUAUGAGGGAGGUGGAGGUGGAUAUGGAUAUGGCGGAAGAAGAGGGUAUGGUCGUGGACGUGGAAGGAUGGGUAAUGGUGGUCGUUCAAGGGGUGGUGCUAAUAACCAAGACCAAGCCUAA